AACACAAGUGCAGUGCGAGCAUAUUAAAGAACACACUACAAAUUUAACAUAAGUUAAAAUCCAAAAGUGUACAAAGAUGCCAAUUUCCAGUAUUUCCAUCGGAACACCGGAGGAUACCCGGUCACCAGAUGCCCUAAAAGCCGCCCUUGCGGAGUUCAUUUCAAUGCUCAUUUUUGUUUUCGCGGGUGAAGGCGCUGGCAUGGCUUUCGCCAAGCUGACUGAUGGUGGAGCAGCGACACCGGCGGGACUUAUUUCAGCAUCAAUAUCACAUGCUUUUGCACUAUUUGUUGCGGUUUCGGUUGGUGCUAACAUAUCAGGUGGUCAUGUGAACCCAGCUGUGACAUUCGGGUUGUUUGUUGGUGGCCACAUUUCGCUUUUGAGGAGUGUCUUGUAUUGGAUUGCUCAGUUGCUUGGCUCUGUGGUUGCUUGUGUGCUUCUAAAAAUUGCAACUGGUGGUCUGGAAACAUCAGCUUUUGCUCUAUCAUCGGGUGUGAGUGAAUGGAAUGCAGUGGUGUUUGAGAUAGUUAUGACUUUUGGACUGGUGUACACUGUGUAUGCAACAGCAGUUGAUCCUAAGAAAGGUGAUUUAGGAACUAUAGCCCCAAUAGCAAUUGGUUUUAUAGUGGGUGCAAAUAUCUUAGCUGGUGGUGCAUUUGAUGGUGCAUCCAUGAACCCUGCAGUGUCCUUUGGCCCAGCUGUGGUUAGCUGGACAUGGAACAGCCACUGGGUGUACUGGCUCGGCCCGUUUUUGGGUGCGGGUUUAGCUGGACUUGUGUAUGAGGUCAUCUUUAUUGGGUCAAGUUCUCAUGAACGUCUCCCAACCACAGAUUACUAAGAAUUAGAUGUAGGUGUUGAAUUGUAUUUGAUGUUUGUUGGGUGUUUUUGCUUUCAAGUAUGGUGAGAAGCCUUUUGGCUAUGUACUCAAUUGAAUGUUUUUCUUUGAAUCAAGUUGUGAAUUUUAUUGA